UAUAGCCUACUUGUCGCAGUCUGAAACGAGACGCACACUGUCUCUCUCUCACUCUGCAGAAUCUCUCUGUCUCUCAGCAUCCUCUCUUACGCGCCAUCCUGUAUCAUUGUCACACCCACUCUGAACCGCUAGUUACCGAUUUUCAGCGAACCGUAACGCCCAAACAGCAUGGCCAUGUCUUCUGAAGGUUUAGGCGAGAUUUUGGUGAUUCGGUUCGGCCUGAUAAAUGCCGACAACAAAUAUCUCACAGCGGAGGCAUUCGGCUUUAAAAUCAAUGCGUCUGCGACCUCCAUGAAGAAAAAGCAGGUGUGGACCCUCGCACAGUCCGGGGACCACGGAGACUCCAACGCCGUGUUCAUCAAAAGCCACCUGGGUCGAUACCUCGCCACCGACAAGGAUGGCAACGUGACCGCGGACAGCGAGAAACCCGGCCCGGAUUGUCGCUUUCUCGUCAUCGCUCACGACGACGGCCGGUGGUCAAUGCAAUCCGAGCCCCACUCGCGGUACCUGGGUGGAACCGAGGACCGGAUCUCGUGCUUUGCGCAGAGCAUCUCCCACGCGGAGAAGUGGAACGUGCACCUGGCGGUCCAUCCGCAGGUAAACAUAUACAGCAUCGCGCGGAAGCGGUACGCGCACCUGUCCGAGCGCAACGAGCUCUCCGUGGACCGGGACGUGCCGUGGGGCGUGGAUUCGCUCCUCACGCUCGUGUACCUGGAUCACCGGUAUCAUCUGCAGACCGCUGACAACCGCUUUCUCGCGUGCAGCGGCGCGCUGGUGGUCAAGCCGGACACCAGCACCGGGUUCACGCUGGAGUUUCGGGCGGGUAAGGUCGCUUUCCGAGAUGCCACGGGAAAAUACAUCGCGCCCACGGGACCCACCGGGACCAUGAAGUCCGGCAGGAGCGCGCGUGUCGGCAAAGACGAGCUUUUUGUCCUCGAGCAAAGUCACGGGCAGAUAGUGCUCACGGCCAGCAACGAGAGAAACAUUUCCACGCGCCAGGGGGUUGAUUUAUCAGCCAAUCAGGAUGAGGAGUCAGACCAAGAGGUGUUUCAGAUGGAGAUGGAUAGCCAGACAAAGCGAUGUGCCUUUCGCUCUUGCAGUGGAAAGUAUUGGAGCCUCACCCCUAGUGGAGCUAUCCAGUGUACUGCCUCUUCCAAGUCACCCAACUGUUUCUUUGACCUUGAGUGGAAGGGGUCAAAGGUUGCACUGAAGGCCAGUAAUGGGAAAUACCUGGCAGCCAAGAAAAACGGACAGCUGGCAGCCGCCGUGGACACCGCAGGUGAGCAGGAGGAGUUUGUGUUGAAGCUCAUCAACAGACCAUUGAUCGUCCUGCGCGGGGAACACGGCUUUAUAGGCUGUCGCAAACAAGGAACCGGGACCCUCGACUCCAACCGCUCAUCCUAUGACGUCUUCCAAUUAGAGAACAACAACAAUGCUUACAGCCUCAGAGACUCGGUGGGGAAGUAUUGGACGGUGGAGGCAGACGGUUCUGUGGUUAGCAGUAGUAACACGCCCGUCUUCUUUCACUUUGAGUUCUGUGAUUAUAAUAAAGUGGCCAUUAAGAUGAAGGAUGGCAAUUAUCUUAAGGGAGAUCACGCUGGGGUGCUGAAAGCCAGAGGUCAGGACAUUGCUAACGCAACACUGUGGGAAUACUGAUUAAUAUUGGCAUCCGUCUUAAGUCGGCACACAAAACAAAUGACGUGUGUUCUUUCAACUGUCUUUAAAUGUAAGCAUAAAGCAUUCUCUACAGCGCAAGCACAAGAUAAUAACAUGCAUCACAUGCCAAGCAUCAUCUCUGAAUAAUCUAAUGGUUUAAAAACACAAAGGUGGAGAAUGGAGUCGACGUUUUGCAUAAUGAAGUACAAACAUGCACAAAAAACUUAAAAGAAGCACAAAUUGACACAUGAUAUGUUGUUUAAAACUGGAUUACUGUUGGAAAAAUGUGACUGUUCACAUCUGAGUCUCAGUUGUCUCAAUAUGACAACAUAUAAUGAUAUGUUAAAGAAGUGAAAUACUGUCAUCAUGCAACAUCACAAAGGCAAAGCAAGAUCUCAGAUGCUUCUGUGAUAUUAUUUUUUGCAUUUUAUUAGAGGUCACUAGGAAAUCUAAAUGUAGUAUUACAUAAUAUUCAAUCAUUUGCAUAUGCAAAAUGGGCAUACUAGCGUAUCUGUCAUAGAUAGGGACAUAGAGUUUGUUCCAAAAACAGUUCUAGAGUGCUAAUGUAAUGAGGCCAGGUUAUAAAUAGCAGCUCUGCGGCUCAGAUGAUGGAGAAAAAUAUCAUUGUUCAUAUGAGAGAGGCUCUGAUUUCCAAAGGAACAAAACUCUCUCACAUACAUGCACACAAAGCAAAUCAUGUACAUGAUUUGUUUGUCAAAUUAUCGUAUUGUGUUUGUGGCCAUUUUUGGUUGUAUUGGGAAAGUACCGAAGACAACCCUUACAUGAACAACAGUGUUGUGAUGUAUCUAGCUUAAUAUUGAUAUGUUGAUUUGCACUUUUUCGGCCAAAGCUUUUCAAUGUGAAUGUGUUGAAGAAAAACGAUGAAGUAUUGUUUGUGCCUUUCUCAAUGGGAUACGAUCUGCGAAGGUGUGAAAAUGCAGCUUUUUAUUUGAUUCUGAUUAUGUGACAUUUACAACUGGACAUUAUAAGAAAACGAAUGAAUAAAAAGUAACAAAAAACAAACAAAACAGAUGUGUGUUGUCU